AUGGCCGGAGAGUUGGAGCCAAUGCUGUCGAUCAAAGGAAGAAGUUCUGAUCUGGAGCUGCAACCCUUUGCGCAGGAGGAGCCAGCUGCUUCAAGGCGGUGUUGUGGCCCUGGCUUUGUGUCAUCAUGCAGCAACUUCUCCAUCCAGUACAAUUACACGUGUGCAAGUAUAGCGGCGGCCAUCAUGCUGUCUGAUGGUGGCAUUGUCGGUGAACAUGCCAAUCCUGAUUUUCCCCAACCUCCUUGGGUUGAGCGCUAUUUGCUAGGUGCUGUCUUCAUGGGCUCCGUAAUCGGAAUGCUUCUGAUGGGGUACCUGGGAGAUUUGAUGGGAAUCCGACCAGCGCUUAUUUUGGCGAAUGGCUUGACUGCUUUGGGUGCCCUGACUUCAUCUCUGCUUUCAUGGGGAUCUUCAGAAGUGGUGUGGACGGUGAUUUUGGUGAGCCGCGUCAUUCUAGGAGUUGGGGUGGGUGGCAACUAUCCCCUCAGCGCGGCCAAGGCUGCAGAAUCUGGCAAAGACACCCAGGUUGAUGCAGUGCAGGCGGCAAAUCAAGCGGCCCGAGCUUUUUUUUGGCAAGGACCUGGUCAGCUGGCACCAUAUAUGGUUGCCCUUCCCUUGCUGUGCUUGCCCAGUGGCGAGGGCAUCACCUCCGUCCAAUUUCGGCUCCUCCUUGGCAUUGGAGCAUUUCCUGCUGGAGUUGUACUUCUGCGUUCAUGGCAGGAGGAGGAAAGCGACCCACGGCCAGGAGCUCGAGAGAACAUCGGAAGGCGAGAAGAACUGCACAACCUGCGUCAUUGGUGGACGUUGAUAGGCACCGCAGGCUCAUGGUUCUUCUUCGACGUUGCAUUCUACGGCACGGUGAUCUUCUCUCCGACCAUCCUCUUGAAGGUUUUUGGAGAAAUGGAGUCGCUGUCGAUGCUUGCCGUACAGGCUGCAGCCAUGAUCAUGGUCACAAUCAUUGGAAAUACUGGGAGUUUGGCAGUCGUUCCGCGCAUCGGCGCAAAAGCCUUGAACACCACCGGACUUACACUCUGCUGCUUAGCCUUCGCAGCGUUCGCUUCUGUCUACCAGUACUGGCAUGAUCAGCAUGCCCUUCAGUUCGGCCUCCUUUGCACAGUGAACUUGGCACUUGCCCUCCCGAACAUCGCCACAUUCAUGCUACCUGUUCUACUUUUUCCUCGCAGUGUCAGAUCAACUUUCCACGGUAUUUCAGCGGCUGCUGCCAAAAUUGGGGCCCUUGUUGGAACCAUACUUUUCCCAGCGCUAGAAGGUUAUGGCAUUCCAACGAUCAUGUUCACGCAGGCCGUGUUGUGCGGCUUGGGUGCAGCUUGCAGUUAUUGGUUUCUGGAUGAAAGUGAUGUCGACUACGUGAAGGUCGAGAUGUCUACUGAGCAGGUCCAGUUCCAGUUGGUCCAGACCAUUGGCACCCUCAGCCCCAAUGCCCUGUCAGAGGAGCUCUCUGUGGAUGACGAAGACCUGCGAAAUCGGCAACUGGCUGGCUUUGAAGAUGUGAAGGGUCAAAGUACUCAGAAAGUGGAUGAAGAGCAAGCGUGCGAAGUCAGCUCUAGCUCUACAUCACCCACCACAUCACCCAAGACCAGCGUCCCUGCGAAAAUGAACGCUGUGCAGCGAAUGCGAUGGUUGCUCAGGCGUUAA